UUCGUCUCUCGAGUCAUCGGGUCCGAGUUCUUUCUGCAGCCUGCACAGGAGUCUUCGAGUCUGAGUGUUUAAUGACGUCACGCUUCCCUGAUCAUCAGUCAAAUGUAAAGAGGCACAAUGAGAGACAUUAUCCCCAAGAACAAAAUUAAAGGUGUUGAUUUCUGUGGAGAUGAGAGCUUCACGUAUAUAAUCCGCUCUGAUCUGGGCUGUUAUAUGAGGGCGAGUGAUUUACAUGGAGGUUCAGACCUCACUAUGUUCAAGCUGCAUCCCUCCUGCCAACAUGGAGACCAUUAUCUUGCUGUUUCACCUGGAGGAUUUUACAUCAUUAAGGGUAAAUCAUACCGCAGAGUCUCAGACCUGUCAACAGAUGCUGAUGCUGAAGUAAAAGACCUUCAUCCCGACUUUCAGGGUGCAGAUCACUAUCUCUCAUUUAGUACCGGUUUUCUCAUCAUCUUCCAAGCAAAGGGAACUUAUACAAUGGCAAUAGAUCUUAGUUACAACUUGUAUAAAUUACAAUUCAAGCUGCAUCCCGAGUACAGUAAUGGCCUGUAUCACUGGGGUCUGGGAGCUGACUGCUGUUUCCUGAAGCCGGUCUCAGAGUGGGGAGUGGAAUACUACACAUGCAAAGAUCCUGAUAAACCUGAUGGUCAAGUCUAUUCUGUUCACCCUGAUGUUGUGAACUUUCUGCCCGGUGGUCUGUCCAUAACUCAAGGUCCAGCCUUUGGCCGGUGGGAGACUAUUAAAACUAUAAGUAACGACAGUGACACACCAGUGACUUGGCGGAAGAAAAUCAUCAAGAAAGUGGGAUACAACAAGGAGAAGAUGACACAGAUCACAAACAACUGGAAGUUUGGAGCAUUAGCCACGAUUGAAUCUGGAGAUCUCUCUGCAUUAAUCGCUAAGGUCCAGUUCUCUCUGUCAGCAGAUUAUGGAGGAUCACAAGUGAACACUGUGAAGGAAACCUGGGACGAGGUGACUGAAGUGGAAGAGGAACUGACACUGGAGCUGAAGCCACACAAGAGUUUUUAUCUGUGGCAGUACAGGCUGGGUGUUGGUGAUGAAUCGCUUUUAUUUUGUCCAGAUUUGAUAAUCAGCGAUCAGCCGAAUCCUCCGACUGAAGCCCCACUGCCGCCUGCAGACGUCUGAGAAAACAUCAAUGAAAUACAUCUCCAAUCCUUACCAUGACGUGCUUACUGAUCCUCAAAUUUGGUAACAAGGAUGAAACUAACAAGGUAAACACACACCUUGACUUAAGAGGUCUAAAGACACAAAGUAAGGUAAAACAUCUUGGUGUCAUUUUGGAGUCUUACCUUAGUUUCAGCAGUCAUGUCAAAGCAAUAAACAAAUCAGCCUACUACCAUCUCAGAAACAUAGCCAGAAUCAGAUGUUUUGUCUCAAGCUAAGAUUUAGAGAAACUAGUCCAUGCUUUCAUCACCAGCAGGGUGGAUUACUGUAAUGGGCUCCUUACAGGUCUUCCCAAAAAGACCAUCAGACAACUGCAGCUCAUACAGAACGCUGCUGCCAGGAUUCUGACCAGAACCAAAAACUCUGAGCAUAUCACUCCAAUCCUCAGGUCCUUACACUGGUUACCAGUUACUUUUAGAAUCAACUUCAAAGUAUUAUUAAUUGUCUAUAAAUCACUUAAUGGUCUAGGACCUAAAUACAUCUCAGAUAUGCUCAUUGAAUAUAAACCAAACAGACUUCUCAGAUCAUCAGGAUCAAGUCAGUUAGAGAUAACAAGGGUUCACUCAAAACAGGGCGAGUCAGCGUUUAGCCAUCACACCACCCGUAGCUGGAAUCUGCUUCCAGAAGACAUCAGACGUUCACCAACAGAAGAUACUUCUAAAUCCAAAUUAAAAACACUUCAUUGCAUUCACAGCCUGAGCACUGUGCUGGUUUACAUCAACUGCACUUCUAUUUCCAAUUUCUUUUUCAUUUC